GUUGGUCUGCUGUAUAAGGGGAGUAACACCCAACUACCAUCUGUCUUCAAACUAUAUAUGAAGACAAUGGAAAAAUCAACUCAAACAUCAGAUGCCGGAUCACCCGAGCUCUCUGAGGCGAGACAACAGUGCGACAUAUUCAAGAAGGCGUUCUCUCAGCCACACGUCAAAGUACACUUCGUGGGCGCAUGGGACACAGUGUCGUCGGUCGGGAUAGUUAGAGCGCCGUGCUUACCCGAGACGACCACUGGAAUGGCACAUGUUUGCCACUUUCGCCAGGCUCUCGCUCUGGAUGAGCGACGCGUCAGAUUCUGGCCGGAACAUGCCAAUGGGUCCACCAAGGAAUCCACCGGUGGUGAUGUAAAAGAGGUCUGGUUCGUGGGUUCCCAUUCUGAUAUCGGUGGAUGGAGUGUUCUCAAUAAAGGCCUUGACAGUUUUGGGCCGGCUCUAAGGUGGAUGACGUACGAAGCAAUGAAUAACGGCCUUCGCAUGCACCAGCACACGAAGGGCUGGGCGUCACUGACGCCUACCGCUUCGCUGACGGGUGUUUGGCAUGUUUUUGAAUACCUCCCCAUUCGUCGCCCUUCAUAUCGACGUGGUAUAUCUCGAAGACUCCACAAUGGUGCGCCUCGCCAGAUACAAGCUGGUCAACGGAUCCAUAAGUCCGUAUUUGAGGCUAUGGGUGUAGAUACCGACACUUUACUUGCUACUAAGUCUUCUACAACCCCAGAGGCACUAGCAUCAGAUGGAUAUAAACCGCUGGCACGCUUCUCCGACAUGGGAAAUGACUCCUGGGAUAACAUCCGCGACCUCAUUCAGGAAAGACUCGAAGACGACCCCUUCGCAUCAGCGAACUUUGCGGUCCAACGACUCAAAGAUGCAGUCGACUCAGAUGACGCAACCUUCGAGGCGGCUAUCGAAGUUCUCAAGCUUCAUGUUUUCCUCAGUCAAAACCAGGUCAUUUGUGGCCAUGCGUUCCACUCACACACCCACUCGCAUACACAUACACAUGGGCCAUUAAAUGAAAGGCAAAGUUUGAAGCCUCUUGCUGAGGUUUCAACAGAUGUUUCCACCUUCUUGCUGUUGACUCUCGAAAGAGAGGUGGAACGAGAGGACAACAUGCGCGCCGAGGUUAUCACUGUUCUCUUAUCAGCCCUGGUGGUUGUCCCUCCCCAUCCAAAGGUCCGACUAAAAGCCUCCGUGUUCUGCACUAUCGCUGCGGAGCUGCCGGCAGGUGACUCUAGACGAUUGUACAGGCAGGUCGUUCGGCGAUAUGGCCAUGAACCUCUUGGGAGUCUUACGACGGGUCAUGGAUGUGCAGUCGACUAUGUUGCUUUUUCAAGCAAUGAAGAAGACUUGGUCUUCGUAGGAUCCUCCGACGCGGUAGAAAUCUGGGACUACAAGACGUGGACAAGGAAAGUCUCUAUGCCCUUGGAUCAUAGCUCUGUGAAGUCUGUAGGAGCUUCGGCAGACGGGUCACAGUGCGUAACUGGGCACAACGACUGGUCCGUGUGUCUCUGGAAUAUGGACACCGGUCGCCUUCUCCGCGUAAUAAAGGAUAAAGCAGAAACCCACAGUAUCACCGCAGUAGCACUAUCCUCCGACAAAAACAUGAUCGGGUCUGGAUCGAUUCAUGGGGUGAUUCGAGUGUGGGAUACAGAGAGCGGCGAGGAUCUACUCGGAGGCAUGGAAGGUCAUGACAUGAUCAAUUCAGUCGCCUUCUCUUCGGAUGGAUCCAAACUCGCUUCCAGCUCUGAGGACCACGGCAUUCGUCUAUGGGACACAAAAAACGGUCAGAUGUUGAAGCUUCUGGAAGGCCAUAGAAAUCACGUAGAGAUGGUGGCAUUUUCAUCUUGCGCGGAGAAGCUCAUUUCGGCAUCGUGCGACAAGACGGUGUGUAUCUGGGAUACAAUGUCAGGAGAGCUUGUGAAGAGGUUGGAGGGGCACACUGACUUAGUCGUUUGCGCAAGCUUCUCGCCGAACCAAGACAUCGUGGUCUCUGGAUCCAUGGACAAAUCUAUUCGUGUGUGGGACUCAGGAUCCGGGGAAAUAUUGGCCGUAUAUGAAGUCCCCAGCGAAGUGCUUUCUGUGGCAUUUUCUGGUGAUGGGAAGAAGAUCAUUUCGGGCUGUAAUGAUGGUGGUGUUCAUAUAUGGGACACCAGUUUCCUGGUGUAG